UCGAUAAUUAGCGCAGUCAACGGUCAGUCAUGAUGUCUGUGAGGUGGGGAACCACCUCACGAGCCCUCCUUUGACAGACUAAUAUACACCAUGACCAUGUCCAUGUCCGAAACCACCACCACCAAACUGACCCCCACAAUUCCAAAUUUAAAGGAAAAACUACAACACUAUAAAGCAAAAAAGGGACAUUUUCCGUUUCUUGUUCUUUUUUUUCGUUUUAAUUUUCAGCUCCUGAUCGGUUCCCCUUUGAACCAUCCACUCAGGAGUCCGGCAAUAACGUUUCUGGGUUUUCUUGAUUUCAAGUGUUGGUGGUGGUUACAUUUCUUGGUUUCGAAAGCAAAGAAAGUGCUUUGAGUUUCUUGUCUUUUUGGUUUUCUGGAAAUGUGGAGGGACACUGGAGCUCCUGCUGAUUCUUUCUACCAGGUCCGCCCCGAGUGCACCGAUGUUCCCAAAACACGCUUCAAGAUCAAGGCAGGUAAAACACUAAGUGUAAGGAAAUGGCAUGCUGCAUUUUCUCCAGAAGGGUAUCUGGAUAUAGGCAAGACUCUAAGUCGAAUCCAUCGUGGGGGAAUCCAUCCAUCAAUUAGAGGAGAAGUAUGGGAGUUUUUACUUGGUUGUUACGAUCCUAAGAGUACAUUUGAUGAACGAGAGCAGAUACGGCAACGUCGAAGGAUGCAAUAUGUUAGGUGGAAAGAAGGGUGCCGCCAAAUUUUUCCUGUUGUUGGAAGUGGUAGAUUUAUCACAGCUCCUGUAAUCACUGAAGAUGGUCAGCCCAUUCAAGAUCCUUUGGUACUUUUAGAAACAAACCCAGACAAAGGACUGGCUUUACCCACUCAAGGGAAUGGUGGGGCUGGUGUUAAAACCACAGAUAUUUCAAGGGAAAAUGCAGCCAAUAGUUUGGAACCACUGAAGGAUAAGAAAGUAAUCCAGUGGAUGCUUACUCUACAUCAAAUAGGUCUUGAUGUGAUUCGGACGGACCGGACAUUGGUGUUUUAUGAGAAGCAAGAAAACUUGUCAAAACUUUGGGAUAUCCUCACUGUUUAUGCCUGGAUAGAUACAGAUGUCGGCUACUGUCAAGGAAUGAGUGAUCUUUGCUCCCCCAUGAUAAUUCUUCUUGAAGAUGAAGCAGAUGCAUUUUGGUGCUUUGAACGCUUGAUGCGCAGAUUGCGGGGAAAUUUCAGAUGCACUGAUAGCUCUGUUGGGGUGGAGGCACAACUUAGUAAUUUGGCUUCAAUUACUCAAGUUAUAGAUCCAAAACUUCAUCAGCAUUUAGAAACACUAGGUGGAGGUGAUUAUCUAUUUGCUUUUCGGAUGCUCAUGGUUUUGUUCCGGAGAGAAUUCUCUUUUUGCGACUCUCUGUACCUUUGGGAGAUGAUGUGGGCUCUGGAAUACGAUCCCGGCUUGUUCUCUUUGUAUGAAGAAUCUGAGUCAGCUAGUGAAACAGCCGAAGGAUCUAAAGGAAAACCAAAGUCAAUACGUCACUGUGGGAAGUAUGAAAGGGAAAAUAUGAAAAAUGGAUCGAAGAAUUCAGAAGGCCCCCUCCCCAUCUCUGUUUUCCUUGUUGCUAGUGUCUUAAAAGAUAAGAGCUCAAAGCUACUACAAGAAGCUCGGGGCCUCGACGAUGUUGUCAAGAUAUUGAACGACAUUACUGGAAAUCUAGAUGCUAAAAGAGCUUGCACUGGGGCAAUGAAACUCCACAAGAAAUAUUUAAGAAAGGCCAAGAAGACAUAACUAUAGAGAGAGAGCUAUUGAUUUUUCGGCCUAUCAAUAAGUAAUAAGAUGUUUCCCUCAUAUGCACGAUUGCUGAAGCGGCUAAUCGUCCACAGAAAGUAAUUGUUGUAUGUUAAAAGAAUCCUUCAUUAUUUGUAAAUCCGAAACAAUGUUUUGAAAGUUCUUAUACGAAUUUUGCUUCGUAAGCACCUGUUGAUUAUACAACAUAGAAAAGAAAGCUCAUACACGAUAUCAAUGAAAUCAAUUUGAUUCCUCUCU